AUGUGCUUCAUUAGUGAGUCAGGGACAUCAACUCAAGUGACGCAUCUUGAGACAUGCGACAACAGUGUGCAACACAAGCCAGAGGUCAGUAGCAGGCAUAGUGGCUCUGACCACAGAACCAGCUACUUCUCCGGCUACGACAGCAUCGCUAAAUCUGCAAAUGCAUUGCAAGACCUGUGCAGUGUCAGCAAAGAAGUGUUUGCAAUGCUUCUGAGCAUGCUUCCACCUUCAGAGCGAAAAUGUGAUGUCACUGCUGAGAAUAGGCUUCUUUUGUUUCUUUUGAAGUUAAAGCUUGGAAUCAGCUACUCAUCACUGGCUAUUCUCUUCUCGGUAAGCGAAACGUCGGCAUCAAGGCAUUUCAAGAGUGUUCUCAAAACGCUCGCUGUGGCAACUAAACAAUGGAUUUUUCGCCCCCCAUCAAGAGUGAUUCAGGCCACAAUGCCAGACAGCUUUAAGGUGCAUUAUCCUAGCUGCACUAUGAUUAUUGACUGCACAGAAAUACGUACAGAGCAGCCACCAACUGUGCAACAAGAACGAGUCUUGUACUCAAAUUACAAAGGUGCAUAUACACUGAAGUUUUUAGUGGCUGUAACACCAGGAGGAAUGAUUUGUUUUUGUUCAAAGGCCUAUGGUGGUAGACUGUCUGAUGCCCACAUUACAGUUGAUUCUGGUUUCCUCGAUCUUGUUCAACCUGGGGAUACAGUUCUUGCCGAUAAGGGAUUUCCAGGCAUCCAGACAGUUUUAGGAAACCAGAAUGCUGUUCUUGUUAUGCCUCCAUUUCUCCAUGCCUCUCAGUUUACGCCAGAGGAGGUUAGGGACACUUACAAUAUCGCUCAAGUGCGGAUACAUGUCGAACGAAUGAUUCAGAGGAUUAAAAUAUAUAAUGUCUUGAACAACAAAGUACCAACUGAGCUUAUUCCAUGCAUGACGGAUGUUUUUCAUGUCUGCUGUGUGCUAGCAAACCUCCAGCUCCCAAUAAUUAAGUGCAAAGAACAACAACAGUCAUUUGUCGUGUCUGCAUCAUGA